AUGGAUCAAUACCAUGCCUUGCUUGCUUUUGAAAAAUGCUCCGAGGAAUUUGUCUUGUUGGUUUUGUGCAAAAAGUAUGGCAAUUUGCAUGUCUAUCAAUCGCGAAAUAAUGGUUGGGUAAAUUAUAUCCGAAAUAGAAAGCGAAAGAAUACUCCCAACAUACUCUUUUCAAACUGUAACUUGGUUAACUGUGACGAGCACCUUUUAGUGGUUGCAUUAAAUCUUGAUAGAGAUGAUUGUCUAGUUUACAAAAUAGACUUGUCAACAAUGAGUUAUGUUGAAUUGAAAACUUUGGGUGACAUUGCAUUAUUUUAUGUUUCGUGGAAAAGCUGUAAAUCAUUGAGCAACCCAAAUAGAUGGGGGUAUGAGAGCAACUCUGUGUAUGAAGUUGGAUUUCCUCCUAGAUAUUAUAUGGUCUAUAAUUGGGAAUCAUGUGAUAUAAAAUUUCUUGAGCUGCCAAAGCCUGAAUCAUUGAAGAGUACUUAUGAUUGGUGUUGUAAUGUAAAAUAUGAAGUAGAUUAUUCUCUAGUUGAGUAA